AUGCUGCGUUCAUCAUUGACGGGAGGCAAGGCCCGGCUCCCCAGUUUGCAACUCCCUGGUCGUGCCCGAUUAACUAGGCCCUGGGGUUCUGUCCUGAAACGACAUGCCUCAACAGUGACGAACCUUGAGAACUUUCCGAAUGUUGGAGAGAAGCUCCAAGGGUUCACCGUUUGCGAGAAGAAGCACGUUCCUGAGCUACACUUGACAGCUGUGCUGUUGAAUCAUGACAAAACAAAUGCAGACUACUUGCAUGUCGCAAGGGAAGAUAGAAAUAAUGUUUUUGGUAUAGGUUUCAAGACAAAUCCUCCAGAUUCCACUGGUGUUCCCCAUAUUCUAGAGCACACGACUCUUUGUGGUAGCGAAAAAUACCCCAUUCGCGACCCUUUCUUCAAGAUGCUCCCCCGAUCCCUUUCCAAUUUCAUGAACGCUUUCACCUCUUCUGACCACACUACCUAUCCAUUUGCCACGACCAAUCGACAAGAUUUCCAGAACCUGCUAUCCGUCUACCUUGACGCCACACUGCAUCCUCUACUUAAAAAGGAAGACUUUAAACAAGAAGGAUGGAGACUUGGCCCCGAGGACCCACAUGCCCUGCAGACUCGCGAUGGAGAAGCAGAUGAAAAACAACGACUGGGAGAUAUUGUCUUCAAAGGUGUUGUUUACAAUGAAAUGAAAGGGCAGAUGUCGGACGCGAAUUAUCUGUACUACAUCAGAUUCAAGGAGAGCAUCUUUCCCGCAAUCAAUAACUCCGGGGGAGACCCGGAAUAUAUUACAGACUUGACUCACAAGCAACUGGUUGAGUUUUCUAAACGAAAUUACCAUCCUAGCAAUGCCAAAAUAGUCACAUAUGGUGACAUGCCGCUUGGCGACCAUCUGAAACAGAUAGGCGACGUUCUAGAUGGGUUCGACAUGGGCAAGGCUGAUAAGGAGGUGAAACUGCCCCUUGACCUCAGCCAUGGUCCUGUGAAUGUUACAGUCCCUGGGCCCAUUGAUACAUUUGCCAGUGAGGAUAGACAAUUUAAAACAUCGACGUCCUGGUAUAUGGGAGAUUCGUCUGAUGUGGUUGAGGCGUUUUCCGCUGGAAUACUGUCUUCCCUUCUUUUGGAUGGCUAUGGCUCGCCUGUGUAUCGGGCUUUGAUUGAAAGUGGAUUGGGAUCCUCCUUCACUCCAAACACGGGCCUAGACACGUCGGGGAAAAUCCCUAUUUUUUCAGUGGGAAUAACUGGCGUCCGUGAGGAAGAAGUCCAAACCGUUAAAGAUACCAUUCAGAAUGUCUUCCGGGAGUCGCUUGCAACUGGAUUUAGCGAUGAAAAGGUGCAAGGGUUCCUCCAUCAACUGGAGCUCGCGCUGAGACACAAGACGGCCAAUUUUGGACUUGGUGUCAUGGAGAAGACGAUUUCGUCGUGGUUUAAUGGAACAGAUCCCAUGAAGGAGCUUGCUUGGAACGAGGUCAUCGACGAGUUCAAAAGGAGAUAUGCACAGGGUGGAUAUCUCGAGUCGUUGAUGCAGAAGUAUCUUAUGAACGAUAAGUGCUUGACGUUUACAAUGGCCGGAUCUCCUACUUUCAACGCCGAACUAGACGAGAAGGAAAAUAUCCGCAAGGAACGGAAGAUUUCCCAGCUCAUUGAGCAGCAUGGAUCUAUCGAAAGCGCAGUUUCUAAGCUCGAGGAGGAAGAACUACGGUUACUGAAGAUCCAAGAAGAUGCACAGCACUCUGAUCUGAGCUGCUUGCCUUCUGUACACGUCAAGGAUAUAUCAAGGCAAAAGGAAUUCAAGCCCGUACGUGAAUCGAAGGUUGAUGGCGUUGAUGUUGUCUGGCGUGAGGCUCCCACGAACGGCCUCACAUACUUCCAGGCCCUGAAUGGCUUUGAGGACCUUCCUGAUGAUCUGCGUCUACUGAUGCCGCUGUUCAAUGACUGCGUGAUGCGUCUCGGCACAGCUAAUAAGUCGAUGGAACAGUGGGAGGAUUUGAUUAAACUAAAGACUGGCGGAGUCUCGACGUCAACAUUCCUUUCCUCAUCGCCGACAGAGUUGGGUAGAUUCAACGAGGGCCUGCAGUUUUCUGGGUUCGCUCUUGACCAAAAUGUGCCUGCUAUGCUUGAUAUUCUCUCGACUCUUAUCACCGAGACGGAUUUCAACAGUGCUUCUGCGCCGAGUAAAAUCCAGGAGCUUUUGCGGUUGACGACAAACGGAGCUCUCGAUUCUGUAGCCGGGGUCGGUCAUCGAUAUGCAGUCAAUGCUGCAGCGGCUAGCCUCUCUCGCGGCUUCUGGGUGCAAGAGCAGCAAUCCGGCCUUGCGCAGUUGCAGGCUACGGCGAACCUUCUUCGCGAUGCCGAGAGCUCCAAGGAACGCCUUGACGAGCUCAUUCAGAAACUUCGUCUUAUUCAAUCCUUUGCCAUCUCUAGGUCAUCUAAUACUCGCGUCCGCAUAGUUUGUGAACAGAACAGCGCAGCCCAGAAUGAAUCAGUGCUACAAAAGUGGUUGGGUGGAUUGCCUCAAACGGCAUCACCCGUAUCGGUCGCUGAGGGUACAGUAUUCAAGCCGGCCUUCAACAAGACUUUCUAUGAUCUGCCCUAUAAAGUAUACUAUUCUGGACAGGCUUUGCAGACUGUUCCAUUCGUCGAUCCAUCGAGCGCGCCGCUCAGCGUCCUAUCCCAGCUCCUUACGCAUAAAUAUCUGCACCCGGAGAUCCGGGAAAAAGGGGGUGCAUAUGGCGCAGGUGCCAGCAACGGACCCGUCAAGGGGCUUUUUACCUUUUCCAGUUACCGGGACCCCAACCCGGUGAAUUCCCUCAACGUUUUUGGGAAGAGUGGCAUUUUUGCCAGGGACCGCACGUGGUCUGAACAGGAACUCGAGGAGGCGAAGCUGGGUAUCUUCCAGGCCCUGGAUGCCCCUGUGAGUGUUGAUGAAGAAGGGGCGCGCUACUUCAUGAGUGGCAUCACGCACGAUAUGGAUCAGCGCUGGAGGGAGCAAGUUCUGGAUGUCACGGCCAAAGAUGUUAAUGAAGCCGCCCAGAAAUUCCUGGUCGAUGGGUCUCGUCGGGCCGUGUGCGUGCUUGGGGAGAAGAAAGACUGGGCAGACGGUGAGAACUGGGACGUACGAAAGCUCAGCAUGAAUACGCAGGAUGAAGCUGGGUCUGGGUCUUUGGACCCGGAAGCCAGCGCUGCGUCAGCCUGA